ACAAGUAUUUAGUAUUUUUUCUUUAUAAAUUCAUAUGAAUUUACAAAAUAAUGCAUUUAUAAGUAAAACAAUAUCCAUAAGUUGUUAUAUCACUCCCUGCGGACUUUUAUUAUGAAAUACGUGAUGAAAUAAUCUUACUACAGGAAGAGAUUGACACCGGCACACACGCUUCUCUGCGACCACCGAGGCAGAAGACAUCAUGGGUGAGCAGCUGAGUCCUGAUGAGAAGUUUCAGCUCAUCACCAGAAACCUUCAGGAGGUUCUUGGUGAGGAGAAAUUAAAGGAGAUCUUGAAGGAGAGGGAACUGAAGGUUUACUGGGGUACAGCAACUACAGGCAAACCCCAUGUGGCUUAUUUUGUUCCCAUGUCAAAGAUCGCUGACUUCUUGAGAGCAGGCUGUGAGGUCACCAUCCUCUUUGCAGAUCUUCAUGCCUUCCUGGACAACAUGAAGGCUCCCUGGGAGCUGCUGGAGCUCAGGGUGAAGUAUUAUGAGCAGAUUAUCAAAGCCAUGUUGGAGAGCAUUGGAGUUCCUCUUGACAAGCUCAAAUUUGUCAAAGGCACAGAUUUUCAGCUCAGCAGAGAGUAUACUCUUGAUGUGUACCGGCUGUCAUCCAUGGUUACUGAACAUGAUGCCAAGAAGGCAGGUGCUGAGGUGGUCAAGCAGGUUGAGCAUCCCUUACUGAGUGGUCUGCUGUAUCCUGGACUACAGGCUCUGGAUGAAGAGUUUUUAAAAGUGGAUGCUCAGUUUGGGGGUGUGGACCAAAGGAAAAUCUUCACAUUAGCAGAGAAGUAUCUGCCCUCACUCGGUUACACAAAACGCAUUCAUAUGAUGAACCCGAUGGUGCCUGGACUGACUGGAGGAAAGAUGAGCUCCUCUGAGGAGGAAUCCAAGAUUGAUCUCCUGGAUAAGAAGGAGGAGGUGAAGAAGAAGCUAAAGAAAGCAUUCUGUGAGCCUGGAAACAUCCAGAAUAAUGGAGUCCUGUCUUUCGUCAAACAUGUGCUUUUCCCAUUGCACUCCGAAUUUGUCAUUAAAAGAGAUGCAAAGUGGGGAGGUGAUAAAGUCUUCACAGACUUUGAGGAAGUAGAAAAGGACUUCGCUGCAGAGAAAAUCCAUCCUGGUGACCUGAAGGCCUCGGUGGAGGUCGCCCUGAACAAACUGCUGGACCCCAUCAGGAAGAAAUUUGAGUCUCAGGAGUUGAGAAACCUGACAAAUUCAGCCUAUCCAGGGCCCUCGAAAAACAAAGCAGUGAAGGGGAACCCCAAACAGACAGCAGAGGAGGAGGAGGUUGUCCCGUCCAGACUAGACAUCAGAGUGGGCAAAGUCAUCAGCGUGGAGAAGCAUCCAGAUGCAGACUCGCUGUAUUUAGAGAAGAUUGAUGUUGGGGAGGAGCAGCCUCGGACCGUAGUGAGCGGACUGGUGGCUUACAUCUCUCAGGAGCAGCUUCAGGACCGACCUGUGGUGUUGCUAUGCAACCUAAAGCCCCAGAAGAUGAGGGGGAUCGAAUCUCAAGCCAUGUUGCUGUGUGCUUCAAUUGAAGGAGAUCCCAGGAAAGUAGAGCCUUUGGAUCCACCAGAAGGUUCGGCGCCGGGUGACCGCGUUUACGUCGAGGGGUUUGAAUCGGCCAAACCGGAUGAGGAAUUGAAACCAAAGAAAAAGGUGUUUGAGAAGUUACAGGUGGAUCUGAAGAUCUCAGAUGAGUGUGUUGCACAGUGGAAAGAUAAAACCCUCAUGACCAAACUAGGACAGAUCACCUGUAAAACACUGAAGGGUGGAAACAUUAGCUAGACUCUCCUCAUUGUGUUUCUCAAAAUAUCUACCAUCAACAAUCGGUUCUCAAAUGUCUUCAUGGAUAAAUAUAGAAUGUUUAGAAUAUAUUAAUCUAAAAAUAAUGGUUAAGUAGCCCAAAACACACAUAUUUCAUCCAUAUCAUGCUGUAAGACACGAACGUGCUCGUCUGAAGGAGGGAGUUUCAUUUCUUUUAUCAGUUUCUAAAGGAAUCUGUCUGCUCUUAAAAUGCUUGAUUAAAGUUAAUGGAAACUUUAA